UGCCGCUCACUAGAGUACACGCGCUGUCUGCCCAGGACCUUCUCAGGUAGCAAGGCAGUCAGGUAGCCGUGUGCCAGCGGGCGUCAGAGGAGUUUCAUCCGUUCGUUUCUUUGUUUUGUGUGUGCAUGUGUGUGUGUGUGUGUAUGUGUGUGUGUUACAAGCCGGGGGGGCCUGCUGACGGACUAUUUAGGACCACAGAAGGAUUUCUGUACCUUAAGAGUCCAAUUUUGUAAAUAAGUUUAACAAAGAUGUUUCCUUGGUCUGCAGUUUUCUCCCUUGAGCCCAAAGUGCCCGGCCAGCGCUCCACUGAGGAGCUGGUGACCAACACUCUGAUGCUGGAGCUGGGGGCCAUGGUGAAGCGCACCGAGCGCAUUCGUUUAGAGCGGGCAACAGAAGGCCGGCGGCGUCGGCGCAGCUCCACCUCCACGGCUGACUACAGCUGGCUGGCCAACACCCCCACCCCGCAGCCCUAUGAGCUGACCCCCAACGACCUGCUGGAGCUGCAGGACCUGUGUGCCAAGAUUCCUCCUGCACAGUGUGGCCCUGUUAUUGUCAGAUUCAGGAGGAUGGUGUCAGAGAUGGAGCCUGAGGUGCACGAGGUUCCCCGACUCUUUCGCUCCGUGCUGCGCGACUGCGUGGACGAGGUCAACGGAAACGAAGACUUUCCGACAGACCCGGUGAUCGAGAAGCAGCAGCGCAGCAAGAGCCUGUCCUUCGUCACUUUCCGCACAAAGCUUCGCACGGGGCAAUUUUUCAAGGGCAGCGGCCUUAGAGGCUCCAGGGGGAAUUUGCAGCAGCAGGUGGACUGGUCAGAUGAGGAGGAGGAGGAUGGAGAAGGGGAGGAAGAGGCCAUCAAGGCCAGGGCCAGGAAGGGAAGGAGCAGGAGCAUGCCUGAGAUCACUCCUGUGGAGCAGAGUGCACAGGGCUGAGAGAUGGCACCACGGGGAAAGUGAGUGUAAUGGAUAGGUGGAGGAAAUGGAGGGACGAUAAAUAUAACAACAUGAAGAAUGAGGGAAUAAAAGUUAAGAAGCUGUGUGUUAUCUUACCAUCUGGCAUCUCUGAAAGAGAAAUAGAGAUUUUCUUUGCCCUUAGGAAAGCUGUCCUGGGAUCUCAGACGCUUUGCUGUUUUGGAUUUAAGAUGCCUGAGGCAGAAUAGUGAAGACUGUGUUGUGCUGAUGGGUCUAAUACCAUAGUUUAACCAUUAUGCUAAGUUAGCAUUAUGCUAACAGGCUACAGUGCAAUGAUUGUAUGUUUUUUUACAUGUAUCAUUUUAGUUUAUUGUUUUUUUUUAAUUAGCACUAAAGCACAUUUCAUGAGGUUUAACAAUCCAGUUGACUAUAACACAAAUGUGAACCUAAUGCUGUAACUGGAAGGAGUAGAUUGAUUGUAUGGAGACCGGAAGUGUCUGAAGAAAACAUCAUUGGUGUGGGGCUAAAACAUGCUUCACAGUGAAAUCUCCUGCACUGUAAACCUGCCCAUGGCUCAAGCGUCUUAAAACCAAAUAAAUGAUGCAAGGGAUUCUCCAAACGGCAGCUCACAAUGAAUCAUAUAUGUCUCACGAACUGUCCCCUUCAUAACAUUAUGUAACAGACACGGCAGCAGUCGUCUACAGUGGAUGAGGAGGGCUGUAGUGUGGCUGCUCAGUGCAGGCCACAGUCGGGCUGUGGAUCACCCACUGUGGAUACAUCAGGCAAAUCCCUGCAGGAAACAACUAGAAUGAUCUGGUAUGUUUUACUAGAAAUGUAAAAAAAGUAUCUGAAAAACACAUGUUCUAAUCACUUAUUUGCAAUUUUGCAUUUAAAUACAUUGUGUUUCUUGAAUACCAUUGAGACUAUUUUUUUUCUUUUGAUUUCCUUUAUUUUUCAAGUAUUAAACGUCACAAAAUGAGUGAGAGAUGAAUUAGCAACCUUAUUGCGGCUGAUAAUGCAUAAACAAAAGAGAAAAAUAAAAACCAUGUCAUAUUUA